AUGGCAGCAUACUAUAUACUAGGCGUACACCGUACUGUUCUCAUCACCGCACUCUUCAAUAUACUCACAGCGUACGCCUUCCUCGCCCUGCUCAAGCAACACACACAUCCCAGCCCACUCUCUCUCGAAUUCCCCACCCUCUUAGCCUACCUCUCUACUCCAACAAUAUCCAUUCUCCACCCACUCACACUUCCCGCACUCCUCCCACCCGAAUAUCCAAAACUACUCCGACUUGCAGCUGCUGCACUCGCUUGCCUCGUCGCUUGGAGACAGUACCUUCCAGAGCCAUACGGUUUGCACCACGUACAGCUGAACGAAUCCGGUGCGGAAUGGGGGAACAUGGGAUUAUGGGAGCCUGGAAGGGCUGGCUUCGAGCGUGCAGCAGAGGCACUCGCGUUGCGUGUUAUCGCUGCAGGGAGGUGUAAGAAAGGAGGAAAGGUACUCGACGUUGGACAUGGCACAGGCGACUCUCUUCUCCUUCAUCUCCAGCAUCCAAGCGUUCCUCGACCCUCCCUCCUGGUGGGUAUAACCUCCCUUGCCGAGCAACACACGCGCUCUCACUCUCGUCUGCGAACCUACGCCCUUCCCUCCUCAUCCACCACCGUCCGGCUCUUCCAGGGCGACGCUAUCUCCCGUCCUCCCCUCUUCGCGCCGGUACUAUUCGGUCACUACGCAAAAGGCAAACACGAACACCCCCUGUACUGGGACUCCAGUUUCCCGCUGUUCGACAGCAUCCUCUCCAUCGACAGCGCAUACCACUAUUCCCCCCGCGCGGCCUUUUUCUCCCAGGCCUUUCGCCGCCUCGCACCAGGUGGAACACUUGCACUCGCCGACGUUCUCUUCGCUCCUCCGGAAGAGACCAGUCUGGGACAACGGGCAGCACGCGAGGGGCUCGCAGCCCUUAUGUCCGUCCCCCUCACGAACCUCGUCCAGGAAUGCGAGUACACGUCCCAGCUGCAGCGACUCGGGUUCACCGACGUGCGGAUCGAGGAUGUCACCCCGAGCGUCUUUCCCGGGUUUGGGAAGUAUCUUGCUAGCCGGGGGGGCGCGUGGGCGGGGUUCGCAAAUGUUGUAACAUGCUGGAGGUGGGCGGGUGCUAGGGUUGUGCUUGAUGCACCCCCCCUCCCCCGGAAGACGCCCAAGACCGUCAACAAGAACGAGAAAGUCAAUAAGUGGGACCUCCUGACAUACGAGGAGUGUGUCACAAUCCUUGCGAAGUAUGAUCGGCUGGCUGGCUAG